CUCCAAGCAUCAUAGUACAUGGCCAGUCUACUUACCACCAUUGGCCUUCAGUAGACCGAUUGUUGAAGAAUUCGAGGCGCCUGUCAAGCCAAGCAAGGCUGCCGUUACGGCAAGUGAGAUGAAUCUCAUCUUACCAGAAGAGUAUGAGAAAAUGAAAUCAAUGAAGGACUUUAGUCAGAAGGGAUUAUACGAAUGAAAGAGCGAAUAUGGCCAGCCAGUGAGAAUGAGUCCGUAUCCCAGGCAUCUUCUACGUAGGCGCAUCGCUCCAUUUAUAGUCCUCAUCUCUCGCGGUCUCCAUCAACCCGUCUUGUCCUCAAGCAUUGUCCUUGAUGGACGGAAAGAAAAGACGCUCCGACAUUCGUGGUAUGAAGUCCCUGAGUAUUACGACGCGAGGCCCACCAGUAGUUUAUCUGAACAGGUAAUGUUCAGGGACAUCAUAUCUUCCUAUAACCGAUGCGGCAGCCGCAGUUCGCAACUUCUAGACUAUGGAGUACGGAGUACUCCAGGCCAGACGCCAAGUCGGAUAAGCCGAGUGCGCGCGGGUGAUUCAAACCACAGCAAAACACCGAGACGAGGAAUUGAGUACGGCAAUUUGGGUCAUUACGGCAUCCCGAAACCCCGGGUGACGCGUCACAUCCAGGGAUUGAAACCACCGGCUCAGUCGGCUCUUGGUGUGAACGCAUCAACAUCUUGGAAAGAUAGGCUAUGCUCUAAGAUUCUCGCUGUCAGUGGAGGUUAGACCGCAGAACUUUCCAUUAGUCAGCGGAAGGAUUGUCGCAUCAGGGUCAGGAACCAACAAGCCUCGGAUGACCCGAAUUGUUUACUAUCAGGUUCGCAAUAGUAUCAU